AUGUCACAACCAACUUUAUAUUAUUUCGAUGCUAGAGCUCGUGCUGAAACAAUUCGUUUCAUUCUCAAGUUGAAAGGUGUUGCUUUCAACGAUGUCAGAUUAAAAGAGAUUCCAGCUGAAUUGAAAGAAAAGGCCAACUUUGGACAGCUCCCAUUCUAUGAAGAUGAGAAUAUCAGUUUGUCACAAUCACUCGCUAUCGAAUCAUAUCUUGCAGAGGUCCACGGUUUGGACGGUAACACCGCAGUCGAACGUGCCUUGAUCAGUCAAUAUGUUCAUGCUACCCAGGACGUCUAUAAUCCAUAUUUCUCAGCCAACAAUGAAGCCAGCAACCUCAAAUUCAAAGUAGAGACAGCUCCAAAGUAUUUAACCCGUUUCGAACAACACUUGAAGGCUGCUGGUGGUGAGCACUUUGUAGGUAACAGACUUACACUUGCCGAUAUCUCUGUCUUUGCAUUGCUCGACUACUUCCAUCAACAAACACACAACAAUCUUCUCGAAGUUUUGGCACCAUUCACCUUGUUAAUACAAUUCUACAACAAGAUUGCUGCCAUCCCAUCUGUUGCCGAGCACAUCAAAACAAGACCAACCACCAGAUUAUAA